ACCACGCCAUUCUAAUCUGCUCCUUCACUCUCACUUAAAAAUGGCGGCCUUGUCAACGGUGUCAGCCCUCGUAGUUCUGAUCAUCGCCUGUGCCGCCGGAGUACGUGCCACAGAGGUCCGAUCCACCUUUGCCGACGAGAAUCCGAUCAGACAAGUGGUGUCCGAUGGUUUACGAGAACUUGAGACUACUGUUCUCCGAGUUAUUGGUCAAACUCGUCAUGCUCGCACCUUCGCUCGAUUUGCUCACAGGUACGGGAAGAGAUAUGAGACUGCCGAUGAGAUGAAACAUAGGUUUUCGAUCUUCUUAGAAAGUUUGGAGACGAUUAGAUCGCAUAACAAGAAGGGGCUAUCUUAUACUCUUGGAGUCAACGAAUUUUCUGAUAUGACAUUUGAAGAAUUCAGCAAACAGAAACUCGGAGCUGCACAAAACUGUUCUGCUACUAAAAGUGGCAACCACAAACUCACUGAUGUUGUCCUUCCUCUCACACAAGAUUGGAGGAAAACAGGAAUUGUAAGCCCAGUCAAGAACCAAGGAUCCUGUGGAUCUUGUUGGACAUUCAGUACAACUGGAGCUCUUGAAGCUGCAUAUGCCCAAGCUUUUGGGAAAUCAGUUUCUCUUUCUGAACAACAACUUGUAGACUGUGCUCGUGAUUUCAAUAACUUUGGUUGCAAUGGUGGGUUGCCUUCACAAGCUUAUGAAUACAUCAAAUACAAUGGUGGACUUGACACUGAGGAAUCUUAUCCUUACACCGGAAAAGAUGGUGUCUGUAAAUACAAAUCAGAAAACGCUGCAGUCAAAGUCAUCGAUUCCGUCAACAUCACCAUGGGUGCUGAGGAUGAAUUAAAGCAUGCAGUAGGUGUUGUUCGUCCAGUGAGUGUGGCGUUUCAGGUGAUUAACGGGUUUCAUCAGUACACAGGAGGAGUUUUCACUAGCGAUGUUUGUGGGAAUGAUCCAAUGGAUGUGAACCAUGCUGUGGUGGCAGUUGGAUAUGGUGUAGAAAAUGGUGUUCCAUAUUGGCUCAUUAAGAACUCAUGGGGAGCAGAUUGGGGUCUUAAUGGUUACUUCAAGAUGGAGAUGGGCAAAAAUAUGUGUGGUGUUGCAACUUGUGCAUCGUACCCCGUUGUGGCCUAAAUGCUAUCUUUUUAUACGGAGAAGUGAUUGUAAAGAGCUUUUUCGUUGUUGUAAUUUGAAAUUAAUGGUUAGUGUAAUGUAAAACUUUCAUAAAUGGGGUGAUCCCAUGAACACAAAGACCAACAUAUUUGUAAAUUUGGUUUAUUCAUAUGGUACCUUUUGAUUUCGUAUUUA